AGGAAUGUCCUGGCUCGUGCCGCUUUGGUGCCUGUACAGUUUUCGUACAACCCCACUUUGUUGCUACCCUUAUAUUGUGGUGGGCCCUGCCCGGAACAGUUAGUACUCAUCGUAUCCUCCUCAUUCGCUGUUUAGCGCUAGUCGAGUUUACGUCGAUUAACCGUCCCCGUUGUUUGUUGAUUUUAUUGCCAUACACAUACAGGCACGCAAAAAAGUAAAGCGAGAAACGUAUAGAAGCAAAAGCUAAAGUAGUCUCACCGCGGCAUUACGCAUUAAACCAACUAGAAGGAAAUAAAAAGUAGUUCAAAAAGGGUUAGUCAAAAUUGUUUGACGUCCUGUAUUCAGUGGGCAAUAGGCAAAGGUUAAAAAACGGGAGGAAAACAGUGUGCACCAAUUUUCCUUCAAUCACUAAUAGCGUAUAAUCAAACCCGAAGCCAUCUAAACACCCUCCCCCCGGGGAAAGUUGCUGCCGUUAAAGUUGUUUAAAGUUCACACUUGUGCGAGUGUGCGAGAGUGUGUAUCGCCUCCACCAAAAAAAAAAAAAAAAAAAUCCGCGUCCGGUUCGGUUGUUUAAGUGUUGUUCGAAAGUGAAGUUAAUAACGCGCGCGUAGUUUUGAAAAGAAUACACCAAUUCUCGUCAAUCCCGGAAGCAAAGAAAAAGAGAGAAAAUUUCCCUGUUGAAAAUACCGGGUAGAGCGGAAAUAGCCAGAAAGAAAGGUGUUUUGUGUGUGCGUGUGUAUCUGUGUAUUGUGUGAUUGUGAGCCGCUAACCCUCUUGAGGCCAAAAGGCAUUCCCUCAUCGCCAAAAAAGGGGGCUGUUCCGCUUUUCCGCCGCGCUGUGUUUUUGCUGUGUCUAACGCACACACAUACAGUUAUACAAUUAGCCAGUGGUGUCGUGCCAGUUGUAGGAGAAAUCAGCGCGAAAAGCAAAGGUUACAGCAAACCAAGUAGGCACAGGCGAAAAAAAACGAGCGCCCAGCACUACGACCCAUCCUGCUACGACCGCACUAACGCAUCGCAUCGGCCAACGGAAUCGGGCGCCGCGAAUCGACACGCGGCAGCAAAAACCCCAGGUUUUUCUGUUGGUUUGCUUCUUCUGGGAAGGAAAAUUUUCGAGGAACGACCCCGGUACGACGCAUACGGCCUCAAGAUUUUCCCGUCCACAAUUAAGGAAAUAACGGCGCCAGUAAACUACUUCCUAACGAAAAAAGUCAUUAUGGUGACGAGAACGAAGAAAAUAUUCGUGGGCGGACUCUCAGCGCCAACCACGCUGGAAGACGUUAAAAGCUACUUCGAACAAUUUGGACCGAUUGAAGAUGCGAUGCUAAUGUUUGACAAACAAACCAACCGGCACAGAGGCUUCGGAUUUGUGACAUUUCAGAGUGAAGAUGUAGUUGACAAAGUUUGCGAAAUUCACUUUCAUGAAAUCAAUAACAAAAUGGUCGAAUGUAAAAAAGCACAACCCAAAGAAGUGAUGCUUCCAGCGAAUCUGGCCAAAACGCGCACCGCCGGGCGUGGGACAUACGAUUUUAUGUGGUCGCUGGGGACAUUACCUGAUGGUUUCCCCGCUGCCGCAUACGCUGCGUACGCAGCCGGUCGUGGCUUUUCCGGCUACCCGAGCUUUGGACUACCGUACCCAACAGUUGACAUCACCAAUGGGCAAUUGACACCAAACAACAACACACCGUUACUGACGCAGGCUCUUUCGGUAAUGAACAACUACCAGGCCGCCGCAGCAGCUGCCGCGCAAGGUUUUGGCCCGCCAGCAUCGCCACACACCACCACCACCCGGACCGCAGCCGGCUUCCCGAAUGCCAACUCGCCCGGACCGACGAUCGACAUGUACAGCUCGAGCGCGGCAGACAGCGUCGGAUACGUUCAAGCCACCAGCCCGCAGCCAUCCGGAUUCCCAGCGAUCGCCGUCAGCCGUGCCCCGCUAAAUUACAGCCCGGGCCAACUAAUUCCAGCGGCAUUCACCAAUGGCUACCAUUGAAACAAACUAAGCAAUAUUUGAUCAGCAUCGCUAGUACUUUGGACUGGAGUUUGAUAACAGCAAGCUUGUAAAACCGUGAAUUUGCUGAUGAACCAUUCAAAACGACGUGCAUGGGAGGGGCCAGGAGGAAAGGAGCGAACGGGGAAAACGAACGGAAACCACAAACGCAGAAAAUAGCAACAUCCUUUUACAGUGUCGGUUAAGAAGCAGCAACACCGCUACCGCUAAUCAUCAUCCAUACUGUCAUCAUCAUCAUCAUCAACAACAAACAUCUCGGCUACGAUGGUCGCUGACGAUGGUAAACGGCCGUAAUCGUGUGUGCCAAGGAGGAGUGAUCCGAUAGGAGAAGAUAAAAAGAAAGUGAUUGGUUGGCAACAGGCAAACGCGGAAAAGCAGUGGACAUAACGUACGGUAUGAUUCUUCAUAUGAUCAAUUUUCUUAAACAUGGGAUGCGGUUUUAAAGAGAACCCCUUUCAAAUUGUUUGCUAUCAAUUAAUUUUAAAAGCGAUGAAAUCAGUUGUUGUAAGAAAUAUGAUUAUACUUUCAAUGUUCCCAGUUCGUUUAGGAAAAAUCGGAAAACGUUUUGAUAUAAAUCCUAGGUAGCAUAAAAAAAGGCUACGUAAUUUACGUUUGGUUUUAUGGAUGAGUAAGAGAAUAUUUUUAAAAAAUCAUAAAUGCCUUAGAAGAUUGAUUUUGUUUAAAAUCAACCAAUUUUUUAAUAAUAAGGUCAUGUUUAGUGUUAUUAAGCUAAGCAAUAUUUUCCAUGUAAGCGAACAUUUCUUUUCUUAAAUCUUUUUUCGACUAAUUUAAUAAUGUUGCAACCAACCGUUUGAGCCUAUGGCUACUACGUUAGGUCACAUAAGCCCAUUUCCUCCGUGUGAUGAUGAUGGCGGAUGUCAAUUACAACAUUAUUUCACACUCGUUUCUAGAACAGUGUGCUAGACGCGAGCAGCAAACGAGCCCACCUUUCUCAUUUGUGUGCAACAGCAAACAUAAUGCAGAAAAAUACCAAAUCAUGGCUUUUUGCAGUGUGCAGCUAUCGUCGCAGGGUCUCAUAUAUCUGUUUUGCUUUGAAAGCAUACAGCACCAGCACAUAAAGCUGCUGCUGAUGGGUGAUGUGGACACUUGUGCAUUUUGUAACCCGGUUUAUGUGGCCAUGCACGGCGUAUGCUUCCUUUACUUCCCUAAAAGACCAGAACAUCAAACCCCUGCUUCUGGUGAAGCCUGCCAUAUUCUGCGAGUGGUACCUGGGGUCGGGAGAGUAAAGGGGGCAAUUCAGACGUUGAUAAAAUCCUCACUUGACAUCGAGUGAAGCAACAAUUUAAAUAGGCAAUUUUCACGCAAAACAAGCAAAUGGAAUACAACAAAAAAAAACAGAAGAUAAUGGAUAAUCGAGUUGAAAAUAUAAUUAUUAAACCAAACAAAUACAACAACAAAACCACGUUGCAGCCCAAGUUAAGUGCAGAAGGCGCAAAUAAACGAUAUAUACAACUCGAUAUACUAAAUUAAAGAAAUGAGAGAAACGAAGAAGAACAAAUAACAACACACACAUACACACACAUUAUAAAUAUAUAUAUAUAUACAUACGUUAAGGUAAACAGAAAACUAAACUUCAUUGUUUAAACUAUGAGCUAAACGAAACAAACAUCAACACGAUUUGUUUUCAAAACCCCAAUUUGUUAUUACGAAUAAUUACUAUUUACUUAAUGUCUUUUUGAAUUUAAGCCAAUUUAAAAAGCAAAUACUUAGCUAAAUGAAACAAAACAAAAAACAAAAAUAAUAUUACAUCACGCAAAAUGGAACAAAAAAAAAACAAAACAAAGUGAACAAAAAACUCAUCAAAAGAACCAAAAAUUUACCAUUUCUAAAUGCAAAACAAUACAAUACACUCUCCCUUUCCUUUUUCACACGACGAACAUUGCCUCUGCUGUGUCCUUUUGUUUUCCACAAAUCGGACCGCAAAUGGACCGCGCGCUAGUAGUUAAAAUGGGAGUGCACUGGAUGCACUCUCUGGGAGCGACCCUCCUUGCGAUGUAUUCCUCUCGCUGCACUAGGCAGCAAGGGUGAUACAAGCAAAAUUUACCAUCAUUGUAUGAGCGUUGUACAGGCGUACGUACACGCACAAACUGUACGCAACUCACUGUAAGGAUAAGCCAUUUUUUAUCUCUUCAUGUUGCGGGUUUUGUGUAGAUGUGAGUUAGCGCUUGCACACUGUACAGUGAUGGGUGUUUAAACUUGACACGGGACAGGAUUAAAAGAAGCUAACGAUUCCCCUUUCUCCCUCUUCUCCCUUUCUCCCUCUUGCAACCUUGUCCUUCAACCAACACACACACACACACAAAUUACAUUGACAUAACGAACACACGAAUACACACUAUCAAUUAUUGAACAAUUAUUACGUUUGCUACAAGCAUAUUAAGAUUAACGUAACUUUUUUUAUAAUGUAAAACAAAGGAAGCUAGUGGUCUUAGGUAUAAAAAUAUAAAUAUAUAAAUAUAUAUAUUUAUUGAAGACAAACUGAGGCGCAACAAAACACGCGAAUGAGAAGACAAAACAAAACAAAACAGAGCAAGCGGAAAACCCUCACACGCCACUAUAUACAGAAACACACAAGGAAAACAGGAUGAUAAAUCAGGCAGCAAGCGCAUACCACACGCAGGUGGAGGUGCAAGUGGGUAGCAGCAGUUGGUGCAUGAUCGAAAGACAGAAAUGACUGUUACAAUUCUUUUAUUCAUAAAUGCACACAUUUUAUCACAAAAAAAAACGCCACCUCCCAAACUUGUCUCAAAAAAUUGCGGGAAGACAGUUUUGCGUUGUCGUGUUGUGUUUGUGUGCUUCGAUUUGUUUUGUAUCCACUUGCGCACCAUUUUGCUAGAAGCGUGUUUUUGCAAAUAGUGAUGGGUUCGCUAUGUGUACCAGCCUCAGUACACAGCACCCCGAGCCUACGGAAACCAAACGAAGGCUCGAGAGGAAGAUAUGAAAUUUUACCACUUUUAAUCGUCGCCGUUACUUUUUACUGUUUCUUCUUCGUUUCUAUUCCUGUUUCCAUUUUUCAACACGUGAAAAGUGGAACCAACACGGUAAAAAUAAUAUAUACAAGGGCGAGUUGAUGGGGAAGGGGGAUUUAGGGGAGGGGGGGGGGGGGGGAAACCCGAGGUUCGACAACGCAAGCCGAACAACAACACUGAACACACAAUUACACAAAAUACACACACACAAUACACAGAAAACAAAUGAUUAUAGUAAUUGAAACUUCCCCCCCUCCCAAAAGAAAAAAAAGUCGAAAAAAAGAUUGAUGUUUGUAUGAAAUAGAUAUGGAGAAAAUAUUAAGUAAAAGCCCUGGAAACGUGGAUGGUGAAAACGCAAUAAUUGUUAUAUUAGUACGAUGAAGACAGUGGCAGACACAUGGACAGAAGCUAAGGCAUGAGCAAAUAGAGAAGUGCUGAAGCGACGAUUCAUGUCCGAAGUGGGCCACGGACCGAAGCUAAUUAAUUAUAUGAAAUCGAGACGGUGGAGCAGAAUGUACGGCCACGUUCAAUUCGGUGGUUGAUCCUGUACUGUCCUAAACUCCCAACAACACGCACACACUCAUACUCACUCACUCACAAACAUGCUGGGUAAGCAAGGAAAUAAAUACAUCUACUGAUUGUCGCCAUGUGCAGGUUCGACGCUUUCCUGUGCAUUCAAGUUCAGUAUACAGGAUUCAUAUAUACCAAUAGCAAAACGGUUCAUAACAUCUACACUGACUCCCACUUUCACUCCGAAACCGGGCAGACAGUAAGAUGCAACUCUUCUACUCAUAGCACCAACACACGCAUACCCGCACCCACACAAGGAAGGACAGAAAAUGGUGUGAAUUUACACUCCAAACGGACGGGAGCGUUUGGAAGCAGCAAAAAAAAACACACACUUUUACACCUAUAUACGGAACAGGUAAAACAAUACACAAGUAUGCACACGAUCAUCACGUCACGCGUCGUUUUCACAUCGUGCGAUAAUAAGACAACGCAGCAAAAUAUUCUUCACAGCAAAAAAAAAACCCCUUCUCACCAUAAGCAAAUUUCACGUUAUUUUAAGCGAAUCUUACGACUACCACGAAACGAUUCAAACUCAUGAAACUCAACCAAAUUACGGAAAUAAAGAAGAGGUGAGACGAGAAGGGAAACAUCUUUAGCCAUACAUUCGAGAGCAUAGAAAAGGGAAAGAAACAGAAACAACAGCAAACCAAAAAUAAACAACAACAAAAAAUCACACUUGUAAAAUAUUAUAAAUAUAUAACUAUGACGAAGUGACGCAAGGAACACGGGAAUACAAAAAAAAGCAUUAAAACAAGAAGCAGCUGGGAGAAGAAAAAAAAAGCAAGCUGAAAAUCAUCGUGCGGAUGAACGUUUAGGUUAAUAAUAUGGAAGAAUCCCGUACGAAGAAAUAGAAACAGUGAGCAGGAGAACUGCAUUGAAAAAUAAGAAGAACUAGAAGGAAUAAAAAACAUAAAUAGCAAACCAAACGAUGGUGAUGAUGAACACAGAAAAAAAAACAAAAAGCAAGAACAUACGUGAAGGUAAUAGUAAUAACAACAGCAGGUAAAUUAAAAAUGAAAAUAUGAGAGCAAAAGAAUUCCCAAUAACAAAAAAAAAAACAACAACACACACAACCAAGCGAAGCAGCAAGAAGGUGAGAGAAAGAAACAAAUCUUAGUUAAAUAUAAAUUAUAUUAAAAUUUAAAUUAAAUAAUUGAAGAAAAAAAGUAAAACAAAUAUUUAAAAAUACUAUGAUAAUAAAUUACAAUUAUUAUAAAUUAAUUUUUAUCAUAACUGAACAAAAACAGGCACGUGCAGUUAUAGAUGGGCCACAAAAACCGUGCAAGUAAUACGCGUUUGCAGAAGGCAGGGUUCGCGGGCGUGUAACGAAUGCGGAAAUUUAUGCGGUCUAGGAAAGCUCUAGGGUAACUUUUUGCCAAGUCUGUCUGUCUGUCUGUCGUGCCGGACACACAUACACACUCACCAGCGCGUGAGCCUUGUUUGAUUCGGAUUCUGCCGCAGCGGAAUCGUCCUUUGCCUGGUCAAACUACCUUUUUAGAGUCCGGCCCGGUACGGUAUCAUAAGCGGGGGACACAACAAUACAUACACACAAACAUACACACAAACACACCAAUGAGGGACGCAGCGAAGGACACGUGAAGACAUAAUUAAGUAAGCACCAAACAAACCUGUGCCGUGUUUGUGCGAUCGAGCCGAACGCAUCAAGCGCAAUAAACGUAUCUGUUUCUCUCUCUCUCCCAUCUGAUAAACGAAUGUAAGAAAAAACCAAACACACAGAAAUAAAAGCAAGAUGAAAUAGGGAAGCAAGCAACAUAAAAAAACCAACAAAAAAAAAACAAACAAAGGUAAGACAUUUUCUCUAACUCUAAUGCUAAAUAACGUAAAGUUUAAAACCACAUCCCACAAGCAACAAAACCCAAAAGAAAAAUAAUAACAAAGGUAAACCAUACCGUACCGCGCAUACAACUCUAUACUGCAAAACAAAUGCCUGAUGUGUGAUGAAGAAAUGUGAAAGCAACACAACAACAAACCAGCAACAAACAAACGAAUAAAAACGCUAAAACCCCACAUUUUUCUUCUCACAAUAACUUGCAGGAGGAUAUCUAACUGAAAUAAAACAACAGCUAACAAAGGAAAACAACAACAAAACAAACAUAAUACACACAAUUACACAAUUCCUCACAUACAAACUUACGGAAUGAAACAAAUACCAGACGAAGCAAAUAACAAAAUGAACAAAUACAAUUAACAAUUGUGAAUUAUGAUGAUUAUUACAAUUAUUGCUAGCUAGUAAAAGCAGAAAGAAUCCAGAUACCGCUCACAGAGGUAAAACAAGAAGGUACCAUGGACUCAUGGACACAAGUAAAAGAAGAAAAAGAAAAAAAGAAGAAAAGAAAAAUAAAACAAAAAACAAAACAAUUCGAUACAUGGAGAUACAUUUACGGGAGCGCAUGCACACUUAAAACAUAUUCUACUUUUAUUAAGCAAAAAAAAAACAAACAAAAUGAAAGUAAGCAAGUCCCCACCAACCAAAACAAAAUAAAACAAACAA